GCUGCUCCAAACUCAACUUUAUCGUACGUUGCAUCGCGACAUUCAUCCAUUGAUCACAGCCUCGAUCCGCCCCAAACAUGACACAAGACAAUCCAGAACGAACGACUCCACCUGAGACGUGGAAGGGCCAUCGCGCCUGUUUUGAAUGUAGACGAAAGAAGACAAGAUGUAAGCUACGAUUUCCCAUUUCUGAGAUCUAGUUGACCAGGGUUCAGGCGACAUGAGAAAACCCAACUGCGGUCUAUGUACAAGAACUGGCCAAUCCUGCACGUUUCCCACCAAGAGAAAGACGCCCCAGAGACGUCGCCAGGAGAGUCAGAUUGACUCACAGAAGCUUGAACGUCUUGUUAGUCUGCUUGAGUCACGACUGAGCGAUGGGCAAGAUAUCGACAUGCUGCUGUCUCAAACGGAGCAGCUCCCAAGAGUUAACGAUACAUACACACCAAACUCUCUCGACAGAGAACAGGAUCAGCCCAUGAGAGACGAUAGUGCUGAUGAAUCACAAUCAGAAAUUAUAGUCAUGGGGACAAGCAUUAUGGGCGAGGACUCAACCUCUCCAGCUUCGACUUUUCGCUCGACAGAACGAGACAUACCUACAUGGCUGGGUAUACCGGUACCAGUCUUAACCGAACUCAUCCACCUCUUUUUCGCUAAGACCCAAGGAUGGCUUCCGCUUCUUCAUAGGCCACGAUUUUCCGCCCGGUUCAUGAAGAAUGGCGUCUUCGAGGAAAGGAACCACUCUAACACCGAGGCACUGCUGCUCUGCGGCAUGUUUGCUUUGGCAGCUCGACACUCCACAAACUCAUGGUUUCAUGGCAUUCCAGCACCAGAUCGUGGUCAGGGCUUUAUGGAGAAAGCCAAUACAUACUACGAAAAAUGCCAAUCCGACCAAGCACCAACUCUGGAAUAUCUUCAAGGCUGUAUCUUGUUAGCCGCGUACGAGUAUGCUUCCGGCCCGUCUCAUCGCGCUUGGAUCCUGGCUGGCGUUUGCGUCCGGUUAGCAUACGACUUGAAUCUGUGUAAUAUGGAUGAGCAGGAUGAAUCGAAAGACUGGUCAGUUCUGGAGGAACAACGCCGUGCGUUUUGGAUAACAUGGGAAGUCGACACUUUUGGUUCCCUCAUGUCAAGGCGGCCAAGUUCGAUCAACCGCUCGAUGAUGGUGGUCAAACUUCCAGUCAGCGAUGAAGUAUGGUUUGCAGACCAACCCGUUGAGUCUCCCAUUAUUGAUCCAAGACCCAGCGAGGUCUGGAAAAUCCUUCUUGAAUCUCAGAAUCAAGACCCUCGAGCAUGGUUCCUCGUGGCAAACAUUCUCUUGAGUGUCGCGAGUGAAUUCGCAGCUGGUCGGUUCACUUGUCAGCGGGAUAAGGAGGAGCUCGUCGAUGCUAUUACUUGCUUUUCACUUGUCAUGUCGCAGCGCUUUACUUUGGAAACACUGGAACGGGAGACACCCUCAGGCGAUGCUGCAAGACAUAACUGGAUUAUUGGGAUACACCUCAUGGUGACUUGUGCCCGGACGACCAUUCAAGCCAGCUUCAAACCUCAAAGUCCGGAAGUAUUGAGUCCGCCUCGUCAUUUAUCACGGAUCUUCUAUCAUUGGUAUCCGGACUAUAUCCCUGUAUGCCAGCCUUUCCUCGCAUGCUGUCUCUUAUCAGACCGAGCAUACCCGUCAAAGGAGAUGGCUGAUGCUCCAUAUACCGGUUACCAUAACAGCGACCUAGUCAGUCUGGUCUUGUCGCAAUAUGCCUCUGUAUGGAACCUUGCCUCAAUUGUAAUAAAUCUGAGGGCUUCAUUGAUGCGCCAUGACAAGGAUAACUCAUUUGAGAAGCGAUUUGCGUUAUUCUUCCCUUCACGUGUUCCCAAUAAUCGGAAAGAUGACAAGCCCACCAUAGGAGGACUUGAUGGAGGGGAAUUGAGGGUUGAGAACGUAUCAGCAGAAAGCAGUUCUAGUGACAGUGAGCUGCAGCAACUUCUCCAGCCGACUGAAUUGGGAGAUGCACAGACUUUGAUGACGGAACUUGCCAAUAUGGCUGGGAGAGGCUUGCCCAGAUACGUGCAAGGAGACACUCAACCAGAUUGGAACAGUGGGCUUUCUCUCAAUUUUCUUGACGAUGAUCAUCAGCAUCUCAACUACCUACAGUUAUAAUAGUAGUAGUAAUUGCUUGGGGAGCACAUGCACCAUGAUGCAAAGACAGAAGCAAGUAUUGUAGCAACGAUAACACAAGAUGAACCCUAUACAAAUGUUAAUACACCUUAU